AUCAUCCGGAAGUUCGGCUAUUUACGCAUACUUCUCCUACCAUGUGUUUACGUUCGAGUCAUACCUGAAACGUGAACUUUUUACAUGCAAAUGCACAUUGCAGGUGUCUGGCUUUGUUUCUUAUCAACCUGUACAGUUUGAAGGAGACGUCCGUUUCGGAUAACUCAUUUGUAGACAUCUUAUUUUGGAUAAGUCCAUCAUGAAUGAAGGACAAACUUAGCGUACUGUAACCUUUUCACUACUUUGUCCUGAGAACGUGAUCAAUAUCAACAUGAUGAUCGAAACGAGCCGGUGGAGCUUGGUUGCGGAUAUUUUCUUUUCCUCGAACAAAACGGACAAGCAAAUCACGCAUUGCCUCUGUUCCAGAGCCUUUGUACAGGACCGUGAAUUAUAUUGCUCUGACAACAGAUACCUCAACUCUAACAAGGCCACAUCUGAACCGCAAGAUCAUGAAGACUUUGAAGAAGAUGAAGGAGAUGUAGUGGACGAUGAGGUUGAGGAGGAGGAGGAGGAGGAGGAGGAGGAGGAAGAGGUGGAGGAUGAACUGUUGGAUGAAGAGGCUCAACUGAUGGCCAGCAUGGGCCUACCUGUUGCCUUCGCAAGUCACUCUGUAAAAAAGAAAACCGUGAGGCGAGUGAAGCGGAGAGCUCCCAAUCACUGGGCGGCGCCAGCAGAAGAGGAGGAGGAGGAGGAUGAUGAAGAUGUGGUUGGCAUGGGAGAAAAGGAACAGGCAGAGAAGGAGCAAGAAAGACUGCAAGCAGAGGGCCAGAUGGUGACAGAAGCAUCAGAGGAGACACCAGUAGAGACACCAGUAGAGACACCAGAGGAGACACCAGUAGAGACACCAGUAGAGACGCAGGACGAAGGCUGGGAGACGUACUGGGCUCAACAGGGCCAGGCGCUGCUGUGGCAGGGCUGGCUGGAGAAGCACCCAGACACCGUGAGCCCUCCCUGGGACGACGGGGACACCCGGGCCGCCUGGGACCAGCACGCCGCCGAGGCCUACUACGGCUACUGGGACCAGUACACGUACUGGGCGGCCCAGGGCUGGACGGCCGGCGGCGGAGGGGAGGGGGGCCGCGACGAAGGGACGACGGGGGAACCGGACGCCGGCGCCAACGACCCUGAAGACGACGGAAGAGCCGUCGGGGCAGAAGAGGUGCAUCAUGGGACGAGGGGUGACAUCGCUCAGCCGGGCGCCGCUGGCGGAGAGGCUGACUCUGAGGGGCGGGGGGAGGGCGAGCGGGGGGGCGGUCUGGUGGAGCUCAUGGUGGGGAUGAGUGUCCACACCGCCGCGGGGGGUCCGGGACCCCCCGGAGAGCAGAGAGGCGGCGGCGGCGGGGGCCACGGUGAACCGGUCGACGGCGGUAACGACCGCAAGAGAGCGGGCAGCAGCAGCACCGACGCAGAGAACCGCGGUGAGGAGCGGGACAGAGAGCGGGAGGACUGCUACGGGCUAACAGAUCACUCCUCCAGGUGUGAGUGGGGUUCGCCGUACAAGCCGUUUUGUAAAUCUGCCUCUUCUGACAUCACAAGGGGGUGUGUCCACCUGGAUGUGUGCUGGGUAGAUCGGUCUACCAGUGGACUCCCUGCUGCGGGUGACGCGCUGCGGAGGCUGCUGCCCGCUCCCAGCAGAACGGCGGCGCCCAGGGAGCGGACAGGAGGGGGGCUCACACCGGAGGGGGGGGGGGAGGACGAGGAGGAGGAGGACGACCUCCCAGGGGGGGGCUCCAAGGUCAAAAGAAGUCAUGAGCUUGACGUGGAGGAGCUCCCUGGUUUGUCCACCGAGGAGGCGUGGGAUAAACUGGGCCUCAAGCGCAAACCUGACGCCCUGUUUGACAGCGUUCUAACAUUCAAACCCAGUCCGAGCCAGAAGAGCCGGCGGUCUCACGGUAAGAAGAGAGGCGCCGCCCAGAAGGUCAACAAACACACCUUCUUCCCUGAGGAGGACCCCGGCGCCACAACGCCACUCAUCAGCGCCACCCUCCAGAAGGUGCAGGGCUUCCUCCGGAAGGCCCAGAGGGAGCGGGAGCAGGCCGUCCUGGUCGCUGACCUGGGCCCUACAGGGGGCCCCCGGGACCCCAGCAGGGAGGCCCCCCCGAACCCCCACGGGACGGCACCCCCAGAGAGGGGGGGGCUGCCGGAGACGGCCCGCAGGGGGGGGGAGGAGGAGGAGGAGGAGAAGAAGAAGAAGUGUGUGGAGGUGAUGGAGGAGAAGAGUGUGACGGUGCUGCAGGAGGGGAAGGAGGAGGACGAGGUGCUGGGGGAGGUGAUGGAGGUCCAGGAGAAGGGGGUGGAGGUGCUGGGGGAGGUGAUGGAGGUCCAGGAGAAGGGGGUGACGUGGAUGUAUGAGGAGGUGCAGGAGGAGGACGUGGAGGCCCAGGCGAAGCAGGCGGGUCGGGAGAUCUACUCUCUGGACAUCCCAGACUUCCUCCUGCCGGAGCUCCCGGAGGCAGCCCCAGCUCCCGCCAGAGAAGAGGAGGAUGACGUGGGAAGACCGAAGAGGCGCGGGAAGGCCGGGAAGACCCGGAGCAGGAUGUGGAGGCGGGGGCGCGGCGAGGACAUGCCGGAGGACAUGAAGGCGGAGCCGGAGCUCGCCAAGUACUGGGCCCAGCGCUACCGCCUCUUCUCCCGCUUCGACGAGGGCAUCCGCCUUGACACCGAGGGCUGGUUCUCGGUCACCCCGGAGCGGAUCGCCCACCACAUCGCCCUCCGUGUGAAGGAGAGCUUCGUGGACUCCCACCUGGUCAUCGACGCCUUCUGCGGCGUGGGGGGCAACGCCAUCCAGUUCGCGCUCUCCGGGAAGCGAGUCAUCGGCAUCGACAUCGACGCGUCGCGCCUCGCGCUGGCCCGCCACAACGCCGAGGUGUACGGCGUCGCCGACCGCAUCGACUUCCUGCUCGGCGACUUCCUGCAGCUGGCGCCCGGUCUCCGUGGCGACGUGGUCUUCCUGUCGCCGCCCUGGGGCGGGCCGGACUACCUCACGGCCGAGGUGUUCGACAUCAGGACCAUGAUCCAGCCCGAGGGGUUUGAGAUCUUCAGGCUUUCCAAGCUGAUCACCGACGACAUCGUUUACUUCCUGCCCCGGAAUGCGGACAUGAACCAGAUUGCCUCUCUGGCGGGACCAGGCGGGAGGGUGGAGGUGGAGCAGAACUUCCUGAACAACAAGCUGAAGACCAUCACUGCUUACUUUGGGGGGCUCAUCAAGUCCGAUGGCUGACAGUACCCGGUGUUGAUUUUUUUAAGGCUGUUUUUUUUUUAACAAAUGUUCAAUGGUUGUCAUUUUUUAAAUAGUGUAUCUGAUUUAUAUUUUCAACAAAUAAAACGGUUAUUUUAUAAUGUGCUUUCAGAAGUUUGCGUUCGUAAGGAUCAACGUACACAUUAUGGCAAGGCUUGUUUAUUUGCUAGUCAGAGUCGUCAAAAACCAAAGAAACAGCAGAAUACGAUUUAUGUCGUGGAACAUAUACAGUGACAAGCCGCUUCAGAGAGAAUAGUAGGCCGACGCUCUUGAAAAAUAGGAACGCUAAAUGCAUUGAAAAGAUUUUGAGCGAAAAAAAAACCUUUUUAAAAUAGGAAUCUGUGUAUUGAAAGUAAAAAGUUGUUUGGAAGUAGAUUUAGACACGAGCUGUCAUGUAUUUAAAACUGUUGGGUCAGAAGGAUGAGGUCAGUUCUGUUACAUUGCAUCAUGCCGAGCCAUGGCCUGGUUGCUGAGGCAACCAAAACAAACUGUCAAACCAACACGAAAAUCAUCUUCAGAAAUGUUGUUGAGCGAAGCUGCCCAUAACUACACCCAUAACUAACAGAGAGCACAUCAAGAAAUCAGUACAGGUGGGCUAUACGGCUAACAUAUGUGGUCGACUUAUCGCAGUGUGCAGAAAGUGAGGUGGGCCAUGGUGCAUUUACAGUUUGCUAUUUAUCAGAAGGCUUUUCAAGAUGGCCGCCAUCUUUAAGCCACAUGCUAGUGAUGAAGGUGAAAAUAGCCCAAAACAAGUAUUUUUUUCUUUUUGAAAAUCACAAUUUCUCUUCUACUUCAUGAAACAAAAACAUGAAGUAAAGUAAUUUUGUUUCAGCUUCACAACAUACUGACAAAUUAACUCAAAAGCUAACAUCGAAAGUUGAUUAUCAGACAUCAACCAGUUGUAUUUUGUCCCUCAAAAAUGUAAUGUUAGUGUAAUGCUUUAUUUGUGAUUUCGGGGGUGAUGGGCCCAAACUUCUUAUUUGUUUAACUUAGUCGAGGCUAAGUUUUUAACUAAUCCAACCAGUUUACAAUGAAAAAACCUCAAUGCUUCCAUGAAAGUGAGACAAUAAACUGCCUAGCGUACAUGUAGGAUAUUAAAGAAACCCAGCAAUAACCUCGAACCACCGGAACGACCCCAACUCAGAAACUCAACUGCAGUUUCAGAAACACAACUGCAGUAGCCAGGGCUGUAGCAGUGCGUCUAACUGGUGUAAUGGCUGGG